CUACAAUUUUAUAAAAUUAAGAAAAACAUAAAUAUCGGUGCGUAACGUAUUGCCUAUCGAUGAUCUAUCUAUCUAUCUGAAUCAGCUGAUUGCACUUAUUUUUGUUUUGUUAACAUGAAUAAAUGAAUUCUGACAAAUAAAGCACGUUUGAAUUAAAAUGUCGUGUGAAAAUAGGAAAAAAUAUGUUUGUGUCAGCUGUGGAAAUCCGACACGAGAAUUGAUUAAGAAGUACAGCAAUACUGUUAAGCCUACCCACUGUGAAAAAUGCAAUCAAAUAACUGAUAAAUAUAUAGAAGUCGAAGAAUUUAUUAUCCUGAUAGAUGCUCUGCUUCUUGUUUCCGCUGCGUUUCGGCAUAUGAUUUGCAAUGGAAACUUUAAGCUGUAUUGGAAGAUAUCACUUGUUGUGCUCUUAUUGGAAUCAUUUGCUUUAUGCAGACAGAAGCGAGGAGAUGGAUCCAACUCUGCAUUACAUGAGAAGGGGUUUUAUAUGUGUACACUACAAAAUAUUGGAGAAUACCUUUUAAUAACGCUGCUGCUAUUUUUUAUUACUGCUCUUCUCAAUAUGCGACAGCUGACUAAAAUCGGAUUAGCGUCUGUUACAUUAAUUAUUCUUAAAGUAGUGGCCAUUUCUAAUUUCUCAAAGUUCUUCCUGCUACCAAUAUUGGUGUGGCGUAGUAAUACAACCGAUUUUGGACGGAACUUGCACUAUAUGUUAGUGACGGGUCAUCAUCUUUGCUCAUUAAUAAUAGCUUAUAAUGUAGUCGGUAUUAGCAACAGCCAUCUUCGUUGGCUGACUAUAAUACUGGUAAUUUCUGCUUUUGCUAUUAAGGAGUACUUUAGGUAUUUGGUAGCAUUUAAGAUGGAGUUGUAUUUAUCCUAAUAAUACUAUUUAUUAUUAUUUCAAAUU